AUGUUUAAUAAUUAUAUAAAUUCAAAUAAAUCACAAGUGGAAAAUGAACUUAAAUACCACCAUGAUCAUCAACAACAGCUGCAACAACUGCAAAUACCACCUCAUCAACCUCCAACUUUGAAUACUACUAAUCAAGCUCCACUAAUAAGUCAACAACAUUCGCUGUUAGGUCAACAAUUACCAUUAAAUUUGUUACAAGUACAACAAAUGGAUCAUUUACAACAAGCUCCUCACCAUUUAUUACCUUCACCUUUAGCUCAUCAUCAACCUUUACAGGGUUUACAAAAUAAUCAUAAUAUACAACAUCAACAUCAACAUCAACAGGUACAACCUCCGUUACUGCAACAACCAUCCCUUGGCCAAUUACCAACACAACCCCCGCAGCCACAAAACAUUCCUAUACUCAAAUCCUCAUUUGAUAUGAGGAAAUCGAAAAGUGGUAAUGACGGAUUUGAGGAUAAAACUUGUCAAUUCUGUGAUAAACAAUUUAGUCAAAAAGGUUCUCUUUUACGUCAUUUGGAUACUAGAAAGGGAGAUUCUUUACAUCCAAUAGAUAAGAUUAACUUUAUUCGAAGUAAUCUGGUAAGAAGAAGAAGUGUUGAUGUAACGUCUGCAAGUGAUUUUGCUAAAACUCCAGGUACUAGAAAAAGAAGAGCUUCAAAGAAAAGUAUGGCAAGGUCUCAAAUGUCAAGCGAUUCAGCAAGUGGUCAAAAAGAAAAAAGUAAAUUAAGAAGAAAACUAAGAGAUAGAAGGAUCAAAGCAAAGUUAAUAAGUAAUGAAUGGAUGAUUGAUAAAUUUACAAAACAAACAUUACCAGAUUUGAAACAACAACCAAUAACGCCUUCAACUUUUUGCUUUUUUAUUGCAUUUUAUGUACCGAUUAAAGUAUGGCCAUCAUUAUCUGUCGGUUAUCCAACUACCUCCUUAUAUGAAGAAGUCAUUAAUCGAAUCAACGAUCAAGAAGUUUUAGUCAAUAUAUUCAAUCAAAGCAUACAAUCGUAUGAACAACUUGGGAUAGAAGAUAAAAGAAGAUUAUGGUUGGAACAAAUUCAAUAUUGUCUUAAUUCAUCAAUUAAUGAAAUUAAUCUUCAUGAUUUAAAUAAUAUAAAAUCAAUAGUUGAAAAAAAAGAACAAAAUAUAUUUGAAGAAAUUUGUUCAAAUGAUAAUUUAUCUGCAUUUGUUGAUAUUGAAGAAAAUCAUACAGUAGAAGAAGAAGAAGAUGAAGAUGAUGAACAACUGAGUUCUCAACCUUCAACUAGAUCAAAUAGUUUACCUCAAAAUAUUUAUUUACCUCAUUUACCUAAUCAAGAAUUCACUUUCAAUUCUCAAUUUUAUUAG